CCCUGUCUCGGCAGCUCCCCGCCGCCCCCUGCGCUCACCGGGCCGCGCUUGCCUUUGGCGACCCGGGGCCCAUGGACACACCCCCCGCUCCCUGCUGCCUCGCGCGCCGGCUCGUCUGCUCUGCCCAAAGGGACAGCGUUCGUGGCCAGGCGCCCAGGCCGCCUUCCCGGAGCCCGAGGUGCGGCUGGGGCCGGCUCCAGGCGGCGGAGACCGAGAGCCCGGCCCCUGGGCGCCCCCACAGGCCGACGCGCGUCGGUGCCGGGUCCUCCGCUGCUUCCGAUCGCCCCCGCGAAUAAGAGUUUUUGUUUUGGUCCAGAAAAGCGUUUUCGAGAAGCUGGUCAAGUAUGGCCUUAGCAGAUAAGAGACUUGAGAACUUGCAGAUCUACAAAGUUCUUCAGUGUGUUCGGAACAAAGACAAGAUGCAGAUAGAGAAGCUGACCAGGCUUGGGUACCCUGAACUAAUCAAUUUCACAGAACCCGUCAAUGGACACAGUGCUCUGCACUUAGCCUCAGUUUCCAAUGACAUUGAUAUGGUCAGCUUUCUCCUUGACCUUGGUGCUCACCCUGAUGUGCAAGACCGGAUGGGCUGUACUCCGACAAUGAGGGCGGCAGAGCUGGGCCAUGAGUUGUCCAUGGAAAUACUAGCCAAGGCGAAGGCUGAUAUGACUAUAGUUGACAAUGAAGGAAAAGGUAUUUUGUUUUACUGCAUUUUACCUACUAAGCGGCAUUAUCGCUGUGCAUUGAUUGCCCUGGAACAUGGUGCAGACGUCAAUAAUUCCACCUAUGAAGGAAAGCCAAUAUUCCUCAGAGCCUGUGAAGAAGCACAUGAUGUUAAAGAAGUGUGCCUGACACUUUUGGAAAGAGGAGCCAAUCCAAAUGCUAUCAACUCGUCCACAGGUCGCACGGCUUUAAUGGAAGCGUCGAGAGAGGGAGUGGUGGAGCUAGUCCGAGGGAUAUUGGAAAGAGGAGGUGAAGUGAAUGCAUUUGACAACGACAGACAUCACGCUGCGCAUUUUGCUGCCAAAGGAGGCUUUUUUGAUAUACUGAAGCUUCUUUUUGCCUACAAUGGAGACGUGGGGCUGAUUGCAAUGAAUGGGAACACACCACUUCAUUAUGCUGCCAUGGGUGGUUUUGCAGAUUGCUGUAAAUAUAUAGCUCAACGAGGAUGUGACUUGAAAUGGAAGAAUUUAGAUCAUAAAACGCCUAAGAACCUGGCUAAGGAAGGCGGCUUCAAAGCAGCCAGCAAAGAAAUACGGAGGGUGGAGCGAAUCGCCAACAAACUGGCUCGGCCAGGAGCUAAAAACCCUAAUCCACUCUGGGCACUUAGACUUCACGACUGGUCAACAGAACAUGAAACUUUCCUUCGGGAAACCUUUUCGUUUGUGGACAGGGGCGAUGGGACAGUCAGCAAGGAUGACUUUGUGACCGCGCUGGAGGAGAGGCAAGAAUUUGUGACCUCCGAACAGCUGGCUGUCAUAGCUCAACUUCAUGAAAAAGUUCGGGGAGGAGGGGUUAACAUUAAUGAGUUCUUUAAAGGAACCAGAUUCUUAAGCAAGGCUUAUGUCUUGGGAUCCUAUGGGCCUAAGAAAAAGAGAAAAGGGAUGGGCAAAAAGAUGAAGAAAGGCAAGUUUGUUUUACCUCUCCCAAUCUGCGUCAUCCCUGAUCAUGUCUUUCCACGCCGGAGUGACGGUGGGCCACCGUUUUACAUGAUUGAAACCUACAAGAAUGUAACUGAUUGCAAUCGGUUUAAUCAAGACCGUCCGCCAGAACAUCCCAUUCAGGACGACUCUGCUUGGUACAUAGACGAUCCAGGGAAGGUAUAUUCAAACAUUAAUUUUAUCACCAAGGCAGGAGACCUGGCUUCUCUGAAAAAGGCAUUUGAAUCAGGAAUACCUGUGGAUAUGAAGGAUAAUUAUUACAAAACACCACUGAUGACUGCCUGUGCCAGCGGAAACAUCGAUGCGGUCAAGUUUCUUCUUGAAAAAGGGGCUAACGUUAAUGCAACAGAUAAUUUUCUGUGGACUCCACUUCAUUUUGCGUGCCAUGCAGGCCAACAAGAUAUUGUUGAGCUUCUUGUUAAAGCUGGAGCAGUAGUAGAUGCACCUUCCAUCAACAACUCAACUCCUUUGACUAGAGCCAUCGAGAGCUGUAGACUGGAUACUGUAAAAUACUUACUUGAUAUUGGUGCUAAAUUCCAGCUGGAAAAUAGAAGAGGGCAUACUGCCAUGGAUGUUGCAAAGGCAUACGCUGACUAUAGAAUAAUUGGUUUGAUUAAAGAAAAGAUGGAUAACUUUCCAAAACCAGCAGAAAAUCAAAAACUAAAAGGCAAGCCAUCUCCUAAAUCCAAGACUGAAGGCCCUGAAAUUAAGAAAGAAGAGGAACCACUUUCUUCACUGUAUACUAUACCAACCAUAUCGGAGCAAAAGAAAAUGCAUAAGGAUAAUGUGGUUUAUCUCAAUUCGUUGAUUACUAGUGGUUAUACCAAGAAAGUAGAUAUCACAUUUAUUCCACGGAGGAUCUGGAGUCCUGAAGCCACAACGGCAGAGUUGAUCAGGAAGAGGGAGCUUCGGCGGGAGAGGUUCACUUACGAGGUAGAUUUUGAUGACUUCCUGAUGCCCUUUCAGAAGAAUAUUGCAGAGAAAGCUCAAGCAAUGGAAGCUGCCCUCAAGACCUAAAUCACAGCAGUUGCUUCUUGGGGGCUGAUCUGUGUAACCCACAAGCUCAUACAAAAAUGGUGGUGAGUGACUUCCAAAAGCAUGCCAAA